AUGUUAAACUAUCAGCAUGCUCUGCCCGUCGGCAGUUUGGGCAGCAAUGGCAGCAGCUUUUACUACGCCUCGGCGCCGACGGCCCCACCAUCGAGCACAUCUUUACACUCCCUAGCCAUCAAUGCAGGUGAAUCGAAUGUAUCCUCGUAUUCUCCAACGCAAGUAGAGGAUACUGCCCUUGAUGCAGCUUACGCAAAGGAUAAGCUUGGAAGCACUUCAAAUGUACGAGAUCUAGAUAAGAUGCAUCGUUUCUCGGUAGGGAACCUCAUUGAGCUCAAACAGGAUGCCUAUGUGAAAAACAAACUACAAAUGGAAUUGAAUAACAAUUUUGGCGGCGCCAGCGAUUACAACAACAGCGGCGGCGGCAACAGCAGCUGUCUAGCCGCAGGCGGACACGGGCACUCUCGCAAACCCCGCCGUAAUCGGACCACCUUCAGCUCUGCCCAGCUGACGGCCCUGGAGAAGGUUUUCGAGCGCACUCACUAUCCGGAUGCGUUUGUGCGCGAGGAACUCGCCACCAAAGUGAAUCUGAGCGAGGCACGUGUGCAGGUCUGGUUUCAAAAUCGACGUGCCAAAUUUCGCCGAAACGAGCGGAGCGUCAGUACGGGACGCCCACUGCUGGACACGGCCCCACAACUGGUUCCACCCAUCACCAACGCCCACAAGUAUCCAAAUCUGACGCAUGCAGGGGCAUCCGGAGCUUAUGCAUUAAAUUUUCCACCACUCGAACUGCGCAGCUACCAGAAUUAUGCAAAUUGCUAUGCCGGCUUUGGCUCCACACCCGUAAGCGGCACCGGUGGCUCUUUUUUCGGCGCCUCCAACUACUAUGUGGCCAACUAUGCGAAGAAUGCCUAUCCGCCACUGUGA